GCAGGCUCAUACAUCACUCUCCUUUCAUAGAAAGCACUCUAACAUUAGCAGCUCAACGGUGAAUCUUGGAGACUGAAUCGAGGAUUAAAAAACUAGCUUGAAAACCCGACUGCUGAGAGAAAGGAAGGCGGAUUCUGAUCUUGUCUUGUUACAGCAUUUCGUGGGCGUAGAGCGGAAAUAUCAAGCACUACGAGCGUAGAGAGCCGGUAGCAUGUACUCCUCUAGAGAUAGUCAACAGACUUCUAUAAACUGCGCAGAGAACAGAUCCAGGUUAGAGGGUCUGCCACUCACUCACGAACCCCGCGUUUGGCCAUACAACCCACGAACAGAGAUGUACCCGUACCAAAUCGAUGCAAGUGAGCACAACAAAUCAAACUCCAGGUUGGAUCCAGCUUUAGCUUAUCCCGUUCCUUUGAGACCAAGUGUUUUUCAGCACGCACGAUUCAUCGAUAAAAUGCAACCCAGCAUGGCGAGAGUGAAGCAAGAAAAGUACGAGAUGGCGUUCCCGGAGGAACCUUUAAGCGAAGUUGAUCCAAGAAGGUGGAGUCGCGAAGAUGUAACACGCUGGCUCCAAUGGACUUCUGAAAUGUUUCAUCUUGGAAGCAUUAAUCCCGAGCGAUUCCAAAUGAACGGUAAAGCUCUAUGUCUCAUGACAAUGGAUAUGUUUCUGUACAGAGUUCCCGAGGGAGGAAAUAUCUUGUAUCAAGACUUCCAGAGGAGACUUCGAAACGCUGUGGCUUUGCAGAAUUAACCGCGUACUACCUGCUAGAUCUGUGACUAAACGUGAUGUAAGACGGCUUUGGAUUGGAGUUUGGAACUAAGAUAAGCAGAGCAGAAUUUAGAUAAAGUGUAAACGGGUUGUCUAAAGAGGACUGAGACGAAAUGAAACCAGUGCCUUGCAAGAAAAGCUAGUCAAGAACGUCGUUAAAAAAUAUCGCGCGAAAAGAUUGCAGUUUAUUUGUGUUUUUCUGCACAUCCAUGACUUUGGAACUUUCGUUGCCACUUAGAGUUUAGAUUGAGGACUGUUUUUUCGGAAUUGGUUGCUGUUUUUUCUUUCGGCUUCCUCAGGAAGUGGGAGGAACGAUAAUUAAUGCGAUAGGUAACGAUUUAAAGAAAAAAAAAGAAGCAAAAUAAUUAUUUUUGAGUAGGCUUGUUACUCGAGUUAAUAAAGCUAGUGUUAUUUGUAGGAGAAAGAAAGCUCAUAGCAAAUUAUUUGAAAUGAAUGAAAGUAUGAUUCGUUUCUUGUAAAUAGUUUACAAAGAUGCUUUAUUUUUAUGAAAUAUUCAAGACGUACAACUAAGUUUAUAUUUCAAGUCAUCACAGACGUAAUACAUUUUUACAGUCAUGUUUCUAUCAUGAAUCAAUAAACAUUUAACAAGAGAUUUAUUAUUCAUUGGAGUUUGUGCGGUGCAAUAUAUUCCACAUUCCUUGUCGAAAUAUUAUUUUGUAUUUUGUAAUGUCUGGAAAACCGACUUUGGACACAUAUUUCCGCAAAUACGCUCAUUUUAACGAGCUGAUGUUUCGGCUUUUUGUGAUGAAUUCCGUAAUGGCUUAAUGAAGUCUGAAAGAAAAAACCGCCAACGACUCUCACUUUUCAUAGUGCCCAAAUUCAUGCAAUGGCGGUGACAUAAAAGAGCCGUUGGCGUCAUUUCAAAUAAAUUUUGGUGUCUCUA